AUGAUCGCGAACCCUUCUAUACAACACCACCACCCUCACUCUUAUGCACAUAUCCAUGAACCUCAACAGUCACAGCGAUCUGCGUCACGAUCACACACAAAAGACGACUCUGCGGCCUCGCGCCUGCCCUCGCCACCCUCAUCCUCCUCUCCAGCCCACGCUUCUCCCGUGCUUCCCGCCGACGAUGCCAAGAAGGUGCCCAUGGACCCCACCAUGUCGACCACAGCAGUCGCAGAGACGUCUUCGCCGCAGCCUCCGUGGCAGCAGCUCUCGCCAGCUGCGUCCAACCUCCCAUUCUCUUCUUCCGACAACUCGCCGCCCGCGAUAAGGUCCAUUGUCGUUCACGUGCGCGAUCUUGCCCAUGUCAAAGCGCUCGCCGCCUCGAAUACGUUUACCAGCCCCAGUGUCGACGACCACCCUUCAGAGCAGACAAAGUACGAUAUCAGUGCGAUGCCCGUGGACGAUAUCAUUGAGAUGGUGGCGGCACUUCUCACCAAGAUCACGUCAACAAACGACCAGCAACACGACGCCAUGCAGCGUAACGUGACACACCAGCAGCAAGCCAACCAGUCAAACGAUUCGCCCGGGGGCUCGUCUAGCCCUCUAAGCCACUCUGUCCUGGCUUUCCACGGAAAAAACGUGCCGGGAAUAACAAUUCUGAGCUAUCUUGCGCGCAUCCACAAGUACUGCCCUACCACAUUCGAGGUCUUUCUCAGUCUACUCGUGUACUUUGAUCGCAUGACCGAGCGCGUGAACGACAUGGUGGCCAAGAGCGAGGAAGCGGGGCGGAGCGCAAUGGCACAGGCACAGUCAAAAAAAACAGGUGUGAGCCUCCAGCAUCCCCAGGUUGCCACGCCCGUGCGGGAGCCUCAGGCGGGCGACGAAACCGAUUCCGAUCUUGCGGAUGACGAUGACGAUUUGGAAAAGGCUGCCUCGAGACCAACCCUGGAGGAUGUGCCUGCCCUAGGACAUGCUCCUUCAACAUAUUUCGUUGUGGACAGCUUCAACAUACAUCGGUUGAUGAUAGCGGGCGUCACAUGCUCAAGCAAGUUUUUCUCGGAUGUCGGUGGUCUCCCACUUGCCGAGCUCAAUCAUCUGGAGCUACAAUUCCUAAUUUUGAACGACUUUCGACUUGCGAUCCCUGUCGAGGAACUGGAGGCCUACGCUACCAUGCUGGUAGAGUUCUACGGACGCGAGAUGGCUUCGCAAGCACAAGCGGCGGCCGAUCAAAAGCCAUGA